AUGCAGUCUCACGAAAUCGGCCACGAAGAUUAUAUAGAGGAUGUGGCCAGCAGGCUUAAAUCACAGCCCGAUAUACAGCCGGGCUUGAACAAGGAGGAUAUAGCACAAAAGAACGUUGGAACCCUGCAACGAAGACUCAAAUCACGCCAUGUUCAGUUUCUUGCUUUAUCUGGUGCUAUUGGGACGGGUCUCUUUGUCGGUGCCGGUCAAGUUAUCUCGUUAGCUGGUCCAUUAUCUGCAGUGCUCGCCUACUUCAUAACCGGCUUCAACCUAUACGCGGUGAUCAACAGCAUGGGCGAAAUGGCAACUUGGCUUCCUCUCCCAGGCGCUGUACCUGUUUAUGCUUCUCGAUUUGUUGACGAGGCUUUAGGCUUUACGCUUGGCUGGAACUAUUGGUACCAAUUUGCCAUUGGUGUUCCGAUCGAAAUUAGCGCCGCAGCUUUGGUGAUAGACUACUGGCCAAAUGGUGUGUCUUCUGCGGUCUGGAUUACGGUCUUAUUUGUCGCGAUAUUUGCGGUCAAUUGCCUGCCCGUUCGUGUCUAUGGCGAGUUGGAGUUCUUUCUUGGAUCCAUCAAGCUCACCACCAUCAUCGGCCUCAUGCUACUCAUGUUCAUCCCCACACUGGGCGGCACGCCAACGCACGAUCGUAUUGGUUUUCGGUAUUGGCAGAAUCCAGGUCCCAUGAAUGAAUAUAUCGAGACGGGAUCACUCGGUAAAUUUCUCGCGUUCUGGAAGGUCUUUAUCCAGGCGACCUUUAGUUACGGAGGUAGCGAGAUGGUAGUUGUUGCGGCCGGAGAGACGGAGAACCCACGAAGAAAUAUACCCAAGGCUGUUCGCCGUGUGUUUUGGAGAAUUGCUAUCUUCUACGUCGGCAGUAUUUUCUUGGUUUGUCUAUGCGUCUCAUCUCGGGAUCAUCGACUACUCAAUGCCAUCGAUUCCGGAGCAUCAGGGGCUGGAGCCAGUCCAUUUGUUAUUGCAAUUGAGAAUGGAGGCAUCAAAGUACUGCCUUCUAUCAUCAAUGCAGUUAUUUUGACAUCGGCCUUGUCUGCGGGCAAUUCUUUCUUCUACGCCUCCACUCGAAUCCUCUACUCUACAGCGCUAGAUGGGAAGGCACCGCGCAUACUUCGUUACGAGAAAUUUGGGGUUCCAUACGCCUGCGUGGGUGUCACAGCUGCAUUGAGUCUCCUUGUCUAUCUGAACGUCUCAGCGAGCUCCGCGGAUGUAUUCUUCUGGAUCAGCAAUCUGAGCUCUGUUAGCACGCUCAUUGUGUGGACAUCCAUCUCGAUCACUUACAUACGUUUCAACCAAGGAUUAAAGCGUCAUGGCAUCCCAAGAUCAUCAAUUCCAUUUAAAGCACCGUUUCAACCAUACAUGGCAUACUUUUCUGCAAUCUUCUCAUCCACGGUGGCAUUCUUCAACGGAUUCGAUGCAUUUUUUCCUGGUCACUUUAGCGCCAAGAGCUUCAUCCCUCCGUACAUUGACAUUCCUAUCUUUACCGGUCUUUUCCUUGGGUAUAAGAUUAUCUACAAGACGAAACUGGUGAAAGUAGAAGAAAUGGAUCUAUGGUCAGGCAAAGAGGAGGCUGAUGAAUUGGAAUCAACGUGGGAAGAACCGAAGCCACGGAACUUUCUUGAACGCAUUUGGUUUUGGAUUGCCUAG